UACAGCCCGCUCUUGAACCGAGCCAGCGGAAUAAGCCAAGCCCUGGAACUGGGUUUGUUGAUCGCCACGUCUCUUCGCUCCCGUUGCCAAGGAUGCAAAGGGGUUCGACCUUGACCUUGUGAGCUAGCGAGAUCACGCACACCGAGGGGAGCUAGCUCGGGAGACAGAAAACAUAUUGGAGGGUAUUCGCCGCGACUUUCUUCUCGAAGGAUGGCAGGAAUUGACCUCUACAACCGUUGGGCUGCCCAACGCCUAGCUCACCCUCCUCAUACUGAUGGCCGAACACGGUCAGGGCCACGUGGUUUCAUGGGCGGAGAAGUGCUCUAGUCCCCCGAAAGUGAGCGAAUCUCGCGUGAGCGUCCAGAGUGAGUUCAUGACAUGCGACAGUGUACAAUCAUCGGAAUACCCCACGGACAAUAUCAAUCCAAAGCCUGGCGACCACAACAAUAGUAUUGAACGGAAACCCGAGGAUAACUUCACUACGAACACUAACACCUCAAUAGACAACAUGAGGAAAGACAGGGAAGCUGUUUACAUCAACAUGGAGAAGCAUCCGCUUCACUUUCCGAGCGCCCCGUAUAAACGAUUAGAACACCCAGCAGACAAAAGUUUGCUGGCAUCUUUUUUCCUUAGCAUAAUAUUUUUGAUAUUUGCCUUAGCGUUGUUUUGCCCGGCGAUGGGCCUUGUGUGUUUUCUAGUUCCGUUCUCCGUCAUUUUGAGGCGUUGUAUAGAUUGUUGUUGCUGUUGUUGUGGCGGGAAUAUGUGGACAUGUUCCUGUUGUUGCUCGGAUAUUGUCUCGAACCAGGAUGCAUAUUGGUUACACGACACUCCCUUCAACAAGAUGGUGGUUCAGUCAUUACUGACGCUAGAAAAUGGAUUAUCACUCGGUAGGAUUAAGGAUUUAAUCAAUGCAAGGUUAGUCUGUGCAGAAAAUAAACACGGUAAAAAGAUUUAUCCUAGAUUCACGAAAAAGAUCAUUCCUCUCAAAGCGGGAUACGCCUGGGUUAACGAUGAUAAUUUCUCAAUCAACAACCACGUGAUUCCUGUCCCACAAACAAUUGCUACAAAAGAAGAUCUCGAGGAGUACAUAUCAGAUUUAGCUAGUGUGUCACUAAAUAACGAAAUGCCACUUUGGGAGCUACACGUUUUAUCCAAUUUUGGCCCUGACAAGGAUACAGUGCUUAUAUUUCGGAUGCAUCCUUGCAUGACAGAUGGAAUAUCAAUGAUACACAUACUCAUGAAGUCUCUUGCAGACGAUAGCUCACCUAGCUGUAGCACAAAACCUAAUUUCGCGAGUCGGAUUUUAUUUUUCAAUAUAGUUCGUGCGAUUAUCGUAGGACCUUUAGUUUUUAUUCACAAAUGGAUCUUCACUCGACGGGAUUACAACUUGUUCCACGGGCCACCGUUAACCAAUCAGAAACGUGUCGUCUGGUCGGAACCUUUUUCCAUGGAAGCGCUCACCCGGGUAAAACAGGUCACAAGAAGCUCUAUGAAUGAUGUCAUAAUGUCAGUAUGCACCGGAUGCAUACGUCACUAUCAAAAAUGUUUAGGGGUUGAGAAUCCAUUUGAUAUGCUAGCGACAAUGCCUGUUGAUCUCCGCUCGGAAGGAUUCGCUAAGAUCAAGAUGGGUAACGGGUUCACCAUGUUAGAUAUCCCGCUUCCCACAAACACGGAAGGCGCUAUACCAAGGUUAUGGGAGUUCCGCCACCGCAUGGAAGAAGUGAAAAAUUCUGCUGACCCUCCGAUAAUGUAUGGCCUUACCUCAAUUCUGUUGUACAUAUUUCCUGAAUGUAUCGCUCAUAGGAUUCUGAGUGCCAUUUACAACCAUAGUACCUGUGUCAUAAGUAACCUAAUGGGACCAAGCCUUGAGCAGACUUUUGCCUCGCGGAGGAUUAAGGACAUCAUUUACUGGAUGCCUCCGCGGGAUGAAGUAGCGCUCUCUAUCUCUUUCAUCACGUAUGGGAGUCAAGUGCGCAUGGCAGUAUUAUGUGACCAAAGUUUGGUGCCUAAGCCCGAGAUCAUGACAAAUGAGUUCAUUCUGCAGAUGGAUAUGCUGGCCAACCUCCUAUCCAAUCGCCGCAUCCCCGGCGAGCAUUCCAGUCGCCGAAUGGAGUCCUUUCACGAUCCUCAACAAGAAAUGCCUGAACCUUCCAUCGAAGAGCUCCAAACGAAAAUGCAAAGCGUUCAACAGCAACUGCAGGAGUUAAAGGCAGAGGUCGACUCUCCCGAAGAGGCCUCGUUUGAUUCGGAAGAGCAUGCAUUGACCGACAAGAUAGAACAACUCAGGGAUGAAUUCCGCGAGCUUCUCAUCGAGAUGAGGAGGAGGCGGGCACAUGAAAAUAAUAUUCUUUCAGAUGAUGAAGAGAAUGACGAUGGCGAGCUCCGCCGCGCUUCCAUGAGGCGACGCACCCUAUCAACGGCCUCGCGGAGGAUCUCCAUCGUGUCUCACACUUCAAUGUCAAGGCCACUCACCACAUCGUCUGUUGGACAACCAACCAGGCAAUCAUCACAAGCAUCUCAUGGUGGUACGCCGCCCUCUUCACCCAUGUCAGCUAGCUACAUAAAGAACAAUAGUGACGGACCAGACAGGGAAAGGGAAUCGUCGCCAACAUCAGAUCAGGGUAAACAUCUCGUAACUCACGAACAGGUCACGGUGCAGGAAGCGACAGGGUGCGACAAGGAUUCAUAUUCGCCACAAGUGGAAAGAAAAACAGCUACUGUUGUCAGAAUCGAACCUGCGUCUAUACAUAGGGACUCGGCUGCUAAUGAAAAGCCGGCAUCGAGCGAAAACUCAUGACAUUCGGCUGAGCGUACUGAGAAUUUGAAAGAAAUAUUCGUCUAAUAUUUUAUUGCAUUUUCAGCGUUAUUUAUACAUCAAUAUGCUGCAGAAAAGCAGUUAGUUUUUAAUUCCAGUAGGAGGAGGAGGAACAAAAGGUGAACUUUAUGUCUUAUCUUCCAUUUUACUUCGAUUGUUAAAUAUACAUGUGCGUAGUAGGAAGUCAAGUUAAAGACCCAGGUGCCAUCGCUUUUAACCAUGAUUUCUCUUGGGGAGCAUGGAAUUGUUGGAUCUAUUAGGAUCUUCUUUACUUUGUUUCACCAGAGUCCAAAUGCUUCGGCUCCAACUUUAACCAAUUGACUGUUGACCAGUACUUUUAGUUGAUGUCAGGCCUAUUAACUGACUCUUGCCCACUACAACAACCGUAUUGCUAUAUGAAAGUUACUUAUAAACUACAUUUCAUAGUGUAAUAUUUCAGCCAAGAUCAGUCAAGGAAACGAGUCUCUUAACUGGUUCCAUGUGGCUGGCAGUCCUGGGACUUUGAGAUGGUUGGCAAUAGUAUACUUAGUAUGUUGAAGGGAAUCCAGUAUGGUACACUCUUAGAAAGAAAAAGGCUUAGGCUUUUCGGCUAAUAACCUCAGAUAUGCCCCAUACUGGUUUUUCAGUGAAGUCCACGAUAUCAAAAACCAUUUGGAGUUUUUCAUUUUAUCAAAAAAAUCUCCACGGGGUACAUUUUGGUGUUGGCCGUAAAAUCUUUAAAGGUCUUUCAGAAGCUCACAAACCUUUAAUUCUAAGAGUGCUGUACUCCUGAAAUAAAUAGAUCAACGGACAGUCUAAUCCGGCGAUAUUACUGAACUGAUCAUUGUAUUUUUUAACCUUCUUCAUCAGGUCUAGCUCAGUUAUUUGGCAGCAAAUGAAUCCAGCUCUGUUUGUUUUAUCACUGCGGUGUGCUUCAAUCCCACUGGUGAAUUUAAAUUUGAAAUACAUGUAGCUUGCUGAUGCGUCAGUAUGAAAAUCAUUAGGCCUAGCUAAUUUAUUCUUGUAGCAAGAAGCGAAAUAACUGUCUGUGUCAAAGACUUUUCAACACCACCGGAGGUAUCAUUCUUUCAAUUCUCACGUACGCUCGUCUUAUAAAGGAAAUGCAUUGUAGAUGUGCGUUGAUAUAAAAUACUGUUAAUGUUCAAGAGAGUGAAAUCAACAAGAGACACUUUUGAAGAUAGACUAGCCCCUUAGUCCGUUUUGGUGUAUGUUUGUGAUUUGCAAGAGCAUUUUGCAGCCAUCUUGCUCUAAGCAUCACCAUUGCCCUGAUGCCAUCAACCCAUAAUUGAGUCAGUGAUGUCAAGAAGACACCAGGGAAAAUCAGUUGGCAUCAACUUCAGCAUUUCUAAUCGAAGGUCAGCAUGGCUGUCAUACUGGCUAGCUCUUGGCAUCGGAAGGCUCAUUAUAAGGCGUUUUAAGUUGCCAUAAACCUUGAUAGUUCAAUCUCUCAGCACAUCCCCAGAAUAUCAAUGGGCCUUGCUUGUGCAUGAACACAUCUAGAGGAUAACUCUCGUUCAUUUUAUUGUCAAGAUGGCUGCUGAACGCGCUUCGAAUAUUGUACAAAGCGAUUUCUAUCCCUUUUUGGCUAUAAAUAUUUCUUCGUCUGUUUUAUGUUCCUAUUGAUGAGGCUUUAUUCUCAGUGUCAUUCUGUCUAACGUACACUUUAUUGCCCAUGGAAUGGGUGCCUGAUACCUCUGUUAUGACUGUGAAUUGCUGUUUGUUUAUAUACUGUGUGUCAGAGUUUAUGCUUACUUUGGUUCUUUUGGCAAGUUAUUUCAUGGAGCCAACUGGCACAGAAGAUGCUCCGCUCGCUCUGUAUCAAAACCUUAAAGUUGCUAUUACCCCUUCCCAAAGGCGUGAAUCAAUGGAUCCGAUGCUGUCUUCAUGUGUAUAAAAUUUAUUGGUGAAACCGUCAUGCCCAGACCUACCUGUAAAUAGUGUUACAUUUAACUCUGUCCACGUUUGUAUCUUGUUAUCUUAACUUUGGGAAUACUACGGUUCGUACACCAUGCUGGUACUUAGCUGGCGCAUUUACACCACACGAGAGGGACAGAACAUGACCAAGCUAAAAGUUCAGUCGUACGAAUAAGCCUUUUUCCAAUAAAUCCUUAUCCAAGAACUUUGACAACCGGGACUGAAUACUCCGGAGCAAAUACUAUCAUUAAGCACAUCGAGCUUGAACAAUGUACUUACCAUACGGUAGUACAGGGAAAUCAUCAGUUGAUUCCAAAGAAAGAUCGUGCCACGACGACAAAAUAAGUCGCGAAUUUAGCGCCAUCUCGCGGGGCUUAAUGGUAUUAGGCUACCAGCACAUGUAUCCAAGGCUGCUAAAUAAUGAAAAAGGAAGUAUCCUUAAAUUGUUACAAUGUCAUCGAGUACAACGCAUUAUAGAAUUGAGACAAAUCACGUUGUUCAUAUUUUCAAAGAGAUUGUUGACAUGAUAUAAGACUUUCUUAGAAAUUCUGUGUGUUUGAGAAUGUAUUUAGCGACUAGUGAUUUGUACGGUAUGGCUUUUGGUAGUUUUAGUGAAUGUUGGCCGCAGGAAUAUGACAAAUAGUCAAAAAUAAAAGGAACGGAAUUUCCAAA